AUGCACAUAGUCAGCGCGUCGUCCGCUCUUGCAGCAUUAUUGUUCAUAAAACUCAACAAGAUCCCCAUGGAUGACUUGCAAAACCUUGAUGGAUUUGCUAUUUUGUUUUUCUACAUCAAUGCCGCUCUUGCAGGACCAGGAGCACCCCCAAAUCAGAACUCGUCGGAUCCUGAUAUCCCACGUUUUGGUUUUUUAUUUGGCGAAUGCCUCAGUCAUGUCUUUGGACUCGGUCUUGUCGUCUUUCUCCUCCAUAUUAUUUCUCCCAAGCUCGCUCAAUGUGUCGGAAUACCCUCUUUCGUGUGCUUGAUCGCCUCCUCCUUCAUCUGUCUCUAUGCCUCGAAGGAGGAUUUGCGACUAAACGAAAAUCGUCUAUAA